AUAAACUAAGUGUGUUUCAACGAAUAAGAUAUUUGUUCACACCCCGUAUUUAUAAAUUUAUCUACAAAACUCCUCCUUCUUAUGCUAGUGUAUGGGAGGCCCUUGUUUUGUUUAUUAGACGAUAAAAUUCACGUUCAUAUGCCUGUUGAGCUCAGAAAGAUAUAUUAUAGCGAAAUGAAUAGUUUUCAACGAAUAUGCAUCGACUCGGGUUUGUAGGGAAAAAUUUUCAUCGAAGAAGCCACGCAUUCUUGGAGAUAGUUUGUCAGCUACAAACGUGUACAAGCAAUUGAAAAGUCUUACUUUUUCUGUAACUACAAAACGUUUCUGAUAUCAUUUCUAAAUAUUAUAUAUAUUUGUGAUAGUUUUUCGUAAAACUUUUUAUUCAUAUAAUAAAAUAAAGAUGUUAGAGAGAAGAUAUGUUAUUCAUAUUUCCAUAUAAUUAUUUACAUAAAAAAAACAUUUGUAUAGAAUUUUUGAACGUCUCUGUGCAAUUAUAAAGCAGUUCGACAGGACGACUGCAAUAAAGUGUGUUGUCCGACAUUUCUAAAGAGAUUCUAGUUACCAAUUUAUUGGGCUUGGUAAUUGGAAACUCUUUAGUCUAUUGUCCUGUAAAUAGAAAGGUUUCCGAUAACAUUUCAACUUAUUAUAUAUAUUUUUGACAGUUUAUCGAAACAUUUUCAUGUAUAUUAUGCAAUAAAUAUUUUAGUAGAAAAAUAUAUUUUAGUUAUAUUUUUUUUACAUUUAUUUACGUAUCAAAGCAUUUAUAUAGAACCUUUGAACAUCUGCAAGUAAUUAGUAAUUCUCAGAUGGGGAACCAGCAAUAAAAUAGUUGAUUGGAAAUGUUUAUUGUCCUGUAUGUACAAAGGUUUCCGAAAAUGGAGUUCUCAAUUGUUACCAUUUAUGACUGCAAUAAAAGAUGUCAGAUGAUGGUUCUUAGAAUUUCUGACCCUUUGUUCUUCUUUGAACAAUUCUGUAAUUUUUCUCACUCAUAGUUCUGCUCUUGAGUUGUUCGGUCUGCUUAUUUUGUGUUGAAAAUUUUGAAAUAUUUUUGUGUGCUUUUUUCACUCGUGUUGUUGCUACUUAUCAAGUAAGUUACUUAUCAUUAUAAUACUUUAGGAAAAUAGUUUUCUCGUGCAUAAUAUAAAAGAACGGAUUUUAGAUAAUUUAUUUUGUUGGCAGAAUGUCUUCUGAUUCGGAUAACGAAUAUAUCCCAGGAUCAUCAAGUGAGUCUGAGGGGAGUUGGUCUAGUGCAGUUAGUGGGCUGACGGGAUCGGAUGUAAGCGAACAGGAAAUGGAUGUGGCAUCCACAUCAAGUACAAAAAGCUGGUGCCCAAUAGAUAUGAACAAUCUACCUUCGGCUCCUCCGUGUUUUCCUUUUGUGGGAAAUCCCGGAAUGACAGUAAACGUUGGGAAUACGUCUGACCCUUUGGAAUAUUUCCAAUUGUUUUUUGAUAUAAAUAUGAUCAAUAAUAUUGUGGAUGAAACAAAUAGAUUCCAUUCUCAACGGCCACAAACAUCACGCAGUAACUGGACACCACUUACUGGAGAAGAAUUUUUUGUGUUCAUUAGUAUAUGUAUAUUACAAGGUAUUAUAAAAAAACCCGAGGAGAGGAUGUAUUGGACGAAAGACGCCAAAUUACACACCCCGUUUUUUGGCAGAGUAAUUUCGAGAAAUAGAUUUAGAAAUAUAAAAAAAAAUUUACAUUUCAUAAAUAAUGACACUUAUAACCCAGACACACACCCCAAUCCUAAACUGCACAAAAUUUGGCCGAUAAUUGUAGACCUAAAUUCAAAAUUUUCGCGAUUUUAUAUACCGGAAAGAGACAUAUCCAUCGAUGAGAGUUUGUUGCUAUACAAGGGUCGUCUUUCGUGGAAACAAUUCAUUCCUCAGAAACGGUCUCGUUUCGGUGUGAAAUUUUAUAAUUUAUGUGAAUCCUCAUCAGGAUAUUUAUAUAAAUUUCUAAUUUAUACCGGCAAGUCAACUACAUUGGAUGAUAAGUAUAAAAAUAUGCCAGUCAGUUCAAUGAUUGUGCUAACGUUAAUUGAUUCGUUGUUAGAUAAGGGCUAUUGUCUAACAACAGAUAGAUUUUACUCUUCCCCACAGUUGGCGGAUUAUCUUGUCACGUGCAAAACGGAUUUUUAUGGAACCGUACGCACAAUAAGACGAGAGAUUCCGCCAGUAAUCCAUAGGCAAAAAUUGAAAAAGGGAGAAACAAUUGCUUUCCAGAGAGGUAAGCUAAUGGUUAUGAAAUGGCAGGACAAGCGAAGUGUAGCUUUACUGUCUACAGUCCACAAUCCUGCCAUGGUAACCACACGAACACAUGCCGGUAAGUCUGUUGUAAAGCCACAGGUCAUUGUCGACUACAACGACACAAUGGGGGGUGUUGACCUGUUAGAUCAACAUCUCCAUGACUAUGCAGUGGCGAGAAAAGGUGGGAAGAAGUACUAUAGAAAAAUAUUUUUUCAUUUAGUAGAUUUUUGUAUAUACAAUUCUUUUGUGAUGUACAAGAAAAAUGGUGGCCAAAAAACAAAUUUACAAUUUCGACUGACUCUUAUUGAUAGAAUAAUAGAAACAUAUCACACCGAAACGAGGGUAACACACCAAAGUCGGCUGAGAACAAUAGGUCCGCUAAGACUAACGGAAAGACAUUUCCCGGACUUCGUUCCACCGACUGAGAAAAAAGCUGCUCCCACUAGGUACUGUGCUGUAUGUUGUAGAAAACGUGACAGUACUGGAAAAAAAAAAAAAAAAAACACGGUUCUUCUGUAUGGAAUGCAAUGUUGCAUUAUGUGCAGUACCGUGUUUUAAAAUAUAUCAUACUCAAUUAAAUUUUUAAUUUGUAUAUAAUAGUUUUUUCUAUAAAUCUCUUAACAAAUAUAUUAUUUUCAAUUUAUUUUUCCACUUAUUCUUGUAUAAACGUAUUGCAUUAUAUAUUUGCAUUAUCAAUUUAUUUUUCCACUUAUUCAUGUAUAAACGUAUUGAAUUAUAUAUUAUUUGCAUUAUUUUCAAUUUAUUUUUUCCACUUAUUCAUGUAUAAAAAUUUUAUAUUUAUAAUUGUAAAAAAAAAUACAAAUAAAUAUGUUAACAAUAAAGCAUUUAUUUUAUAAUAGUUUAUCCUGUGCUUAGUUUUUUUAUAUGCUAACGUCACGAUUAUGUCUUGAGCUUUGCUGGAAAAACUCCUACAAAAAAUUAAAAUGUAAAAAAAUGCACUAUUUUAUAAAAUAUAUAUUUUAAAACAUUUAUAUAAAACUUUGUUUUUUCAUCA